GAUGGAGAACCCUGUGUAUUUGAGAACUUCUUAGGGUAAGCAGCUUUUUUCCUUUGUCAUUGUAUCUAUGCCUGUUGUAUUGAGUGCGUCUUUACUUUCUGUAGCUUAGGAAUUUGUUUUUCUGUUAUUGUUGUUAUGCUUCCCAUCAUGUUAUAGCACUGUGUAUCUCAACAGAUGUUAUUACGUAUUCAGCGUACUCUUUCCCUUUCUAAGGUGGUGUAAGUUUAUGGUAAUGUUAAACGUGUAAAUAGAAAAGUCAAACCAAGACAUACCUCUUUGACUUAUUUUUUUAUUUUUUAAAUACAACUCAGCAGUUUGGAAGAGGCUGGAAAGGUGGAAUCACAUUUCCUGACAACUCCAGUAUGUGAGUCAUUGUGUGAAUAUUGUUGCACCACAGAAGACUGAAGAUCAUUAUCUUGCUGAAGGCUUCAGUGCAAACUAUCACAGACUACUGGUGUGAUCACCCUAUUACACCUGCAGAGCUGCCAGAGGUGCAGCCACCACGGGGAUGAACUUGUCAAAUGAGAGAGAAUCAUCAUCGCCUCCCUGGUGCCUUUGUUACAUAGGAAGCAUCACCACAAAGGAAAAUGAGGAAAAAGAAGAGUGCAAAACCUAGAAGAGGAAAAGUCUGCAAAGCUGUAUCUAGAAGAAAGUGCAUUUGAAGCACUGGAGAAAGACUUUGAAGAAGUCAUCAAUCUACUUAAGGGAGACAACACUCUAGAAAAAUUUAGAACGGAAUAUGAAAAGCUCUAUGCUGUUCUGAAGAAGUCUCAUGAAAAUGAGAAGCGACUCAUGGAAAAAUGCAGGCAGCUGAAUGCUGAGCUUGUGGUCAAUUCCUCUAAAGUAGCUGCCCUCACAAAGCUCUCUAAGGACGAUCGGGGAACUAUAUCAUCAAUGAAGGCGGAGAUUGAGAAAGCCUGGAAAAUGGUGGAUGCAGCCUAUGAAAAGGAGCAGAAAGCAAAGGAAACAAUUCAUUCACUACAAGAGGAAAUAGCACACCUAACUAAUUCAGUGGAGCAGGGAUCUGGACUGUCCUCCAGUCAGGAGUACAAUAUCAGUGAGUUGAUAAAAUACAAAGAAGAGAUAACAAAGGAGAGAGAUCAACUCUUGUCAGAGGUCGUGGAGUUACGUCAAAGUCUAACUCAAGCCACAGAGCAGCAGCAGGAUGCAGAGAGGGCAAAGGAUGAGGCAGAUCAAGCUAUUAUGCAGCUUCAGCAAGAAAUCCAAAUGCGAAACAAUGAGGUAUCACGAGAAGUUCGGAAGAAAGAAAAAAUGGAGAAGGAGCUGAAAAAUCUUCAAGCUGAAAUAGUUAAUAAGCAGACUGAGAUCAAGAAUUUACAGCAACGUAUACAAAAGAACAAAGAGGAACAACUGAAAGUGGAACAACAUCUAAAAGAGCAGAUGAUGUUGAAUGAAAGAACUGGUAAGGAACUUGAGCAAUUUCAGAUGAGAAAUAAUAAGCUUGUGCAAGAGAGUGAGCAUCACAGUGUGAUGUUUCAAGGAGUAGUGCAGGAUCUUCAGAAAAAGACAGCGGAACUGAAAGCCAGAGAUGAUGAACUGACUCAAAUGCACCUUGAAAUUUCGAAGAUGAACAAAGUAAGAGAUGUUCUCCAGAGUAAGCUACGUGCUGCAGAGGAUAAGAAAGUUGCUGCAGGACAUGAGAGAGAGACCCUAAAAAGGCAAAUAUCUGGUCUAGAGAGAGAGUUGGAGGCUGCCAAAAAGCAAGCAGAGAUUGACAAGAAAGCUAUUGACGAUCUUGUGAGGGAAAGGGAUACACUAAGCAAGAACUUGAACAAGGCCACCAAUGCUGUUCAGAAGCAGACAGAUUUGGUGAAACUCCAUGAACAGUCCAAGAAAAAUUUAGAAGACGAAAUUCAAAAUUAUAAGAAUGAAGCUCAGAAACAAAGGAAGAUUAUUUACCAGUUGGAGAAGGAGAGAGAUUGUUUCAUCAAUGAAGCCAGUGAUCUCAAACAGAAGGUCCUCCAGCACCUGAAAGACGUUGAAAUACGGGAAGUGAAGAUCUGUGACUAUGAGAAGAAAAUAGAAGAGUCUGAGAUGAAAUUAAAACAGCAACAAAACCGCUGUGAAACUGUGAGAACAGAGAGGAAUCUGUACAGUAAAAAUCUGAUUGAAGCAAAGGAUGAGAUAACAGAAAUGAGGAAGAGGCUGAAAACUGUGACGCAUCAGGGGGAUCAGCUGAAAGAGGAGAUCACAAAGAAAGAAGAAGCUCUAGUGAAAGCACAACUAGAACAUCAGCAACUAGAGAGGGAGAAGGAAUCAUUGAAAGCUGAGCUACUUAAGAUGAAAAAACAAGCUCUGGAGACCAAGAACUUCAUAGAAAAUCAGGAGGCAGAAGAGAGAAAACUCCUAAAAAUUAUUGCUGAGGCUGAUGCGGAGAGGCUGAAGCAGAAUAAGGAAUAUGACCGGGUUAUCAAUGAGAGAGAUGUCCUUGGGUCCCAGCUUGUUCGACGCAACGAUGAGGUGGCUCUUCUCUAUGAAAAGAUCAAAAUCCAGCAAUCCAUCUUAAACAAGGGUGAGACUCAGUACAGGCAGAGAAUGGAAGACAUCCGGCUUCUCAAGCUGGAGAUCAGAAAACUUCGUCGUGAGAAGGGAAUACUUGGUAAAACCGUGGCUAACGUAGAGGAACUCAGACAGGAGGUUCAUCACAUGCGGAAGGAGCUAUUAAGAGAACAGACUCGGUGCAAAGUUUUGGAAGAAGAACUGGAGAAUCCCUUGAAUGUUCACAGAUGGAGAAAACUGGAGGCCAGUGACCCAAGUACCUAUGAACUGAUCCAGAAAAUACAGAGGCUACAGAAGCAACUUAUCAGCAAGACAGGUGAAGUGAUAGAAAAAGAACUGCUCCUACAGGAAAAGGAGAAAUUAUAUGUGGAAUUGAAGCAUGUCCUGGCCCGGCAGCCGGGACCUGAAGCCGCAGAACAGUUACAGCUCUACCGACACACUCUCCGAGAGAAGACCAAACAGCUGAAAAUUUUGUCCUCAGAACUGAAUAUGUAUGAAUCACAGAGCCAAGAAUACAAAUAUGAAAUUGAAAGGCUUGCCAACGAGCUUCUGAAUGUGAAAAAGAAAUAUCUGGCUCAGAAACGCAAGGAACAACAGGCCAAGGAGAAGGAGCGAUCCUUGGCUGAAUCGGAGUUCCCACACCUCAGAUCUGACGUUCCUCGCUUCACUGGAGGGGGCUUUGCUCUCAGCAGACCCGUUCCCAAAGUCACAGCUUAGGAGUGGACUCGUCACUUUCCCAGUCUCUUGCUAAACCCUGUCUGUGCUGGAUUGUUUGACAAAUGAGAAGUUAGAAAGAAAUUCCAUAUCAACUUUUGCUCUGAAAUCACUGUAUUGCCUUCAGGAUUAAUAAAGGCAUUUUGUGUUAGAACUA